CUCUCUCUCUCUCUCUCUCUCUCUCUCUUCCUCUCUCUCUCUUCCGCCCCCGCCCGCCCCCCAGGGUGUUGAACGUUGUUCAGAGCUGGCUGGGUAGAACCAUAGACUGGAAGAACUCCUAGGGUUCCUAGGUUUUUACCGGCCGAAUGAAGUGUUCAGUUAGACUCGUUUGCUGUGGACAGCAGCGAGCGGAGAUACCAGGAUUCAGCGUGCGCAUAUUGAGAACGUGUCGCCUUCAGCCUUUCUGCCACCAUGUGAAGUCACUGAAUGUUGACAGCUUGCUAGACUUUGUUCACCCAAGUCCCAGUCUCUGGCUUGUGCUCUUAUUUUAUUUUAUAAUUUUAAAAGAUGGGGGAAGAAGAAGAGCGUCUGAGAAAUAAGAUUAGAGCUGAUCAUGAGAAAGCCCUGGAAGAAGCAAAAGAAAAAUUAAGAAAGUCAAGAGAGGAAAUCCGUGCAGAAAUUCAGACAGAGAAAAAUAAAGUAGCCCAAGCAAUGAAGACAAAAGAGACCAGGGUACUGCCACCUGUCCCUGUCCCACAGCGUGUAGGGGUCAGUGGUGGGGACCCAGAAGACGCGGAGAUCAGGAAGAAAAGAGACAAAAUUAAAGAGAUGAUGAAACAUGCCUGGGAUAAUUACAGAACAUACGGAUGGGGCCAUAAUGAGCUCAGACCUAUUGCAAGGAAAGGGCAUUCCACUAACAUAUUCGGAAGCUCACAGAUGGGGGCCACCAUAGUGGAUGCUUUGGAUACCCUUUAUAUCAUGGGGCUUCAUGAUGAAUUCAUGGAUGGGCAAAGAUGGAUUGAAGACAACCUUGAUUUCAGUGUGAACUCGGAAGUGUCUGUGUUUGAAGUUAACAUUCGCUUUAUUGGAGGGCUCCUUGCAGCAUAUUACCUGUCAGGAGAGGAAAUUUUCAAGACUAAAGCAGUGCAGUUGGCUGAGAAGCUCCUUCCUGCCUUUAACACUCCUACUGGGAUUCCUUGGGCAAUGGUGAACCUGAAAAGUGGAGUAGGUCGGAACUGGGGCUGGGCAUCUGCAGGCAGCAGCAUCCUGGCUGAAUUUGGCACCCUGCACAUGGAGUUCGUGCACCUCAGCUACUUGACUGGUGACCUGACUUACUAUAAUAAGGUCAUGCACAUCCGGAAACUACUACAGAAAAUGGAACGCCCAAAUGGUCUUUAUCCAAAUUAUUUAAACCCGAGGACAGGGCGCUGGGGUCAGUAUCACACAUCAGUUGGUGGCCUAGGUGACAGUUUUUAUGAAUACUUACUAAAAGCAUGGCUGAUGUCAGAUAAAACAGACCACGAGGCAAGAAGGAUGUACGACGACGCUGUUGAGGCUAUAGAGAAACAUCUUAUUAAGAAGUCCCGAGGAGGUCUAGUCUUUAUUGGAGAAUGGAAAAAUGGACACUUGGAAAGGAAGAUGGGUCAUUUGGCCUGCUUUGCUGGGGGAAUGUUUGCACUUGGAGCGGAUGGUUCCAGAAAGGAUAAAGCUGGCCACUAUUUAGAACUAGGGGCAGAAAUUGCACGAACAUGCCAUGAGUCAUAUGACAGAACUGCAUUAAAACUAGGUCCUGAGUCAUUCAAGUUUGAUGGUGCAGUGGAAGCAGUGGCUGUGCGGCAAGCUGAGAAGUAUUACAUCCUUCGUCCGGAAGUGAUCGAAACCUAUUGGUAUCUAUGGCGAUUCACCCACGACCCAAGAUACAGGCAGUGGGGCUGGGAAGCCGCAUUGGCUAUUGAGAAGUCCUGCCGAGUCAGUGGUGGGUUUUCUGGUGUCAAGGAUGUCUACUCCCCGACUCCUGCGCACGACGACGUGCAGCAGAGCUUUUUUCUUGCCGAGACGUUAAAAUACUUGUACCUGCUGUUCUCUGGCGAUGACCUCCUACCUUUAGACCACUGGGUGUUUAAUACAGAGGCUCAUCCUCUGCCGGUGUUGCGUUUAGCCAACACCACUCUUUCAGGUAACCCUGCUGUUCGAUGAGCACAGCUGCAGAAGGACCAUUCUUACCUGUGUUUUGUUUACAUGGACCACUACAGAAAUUGUCUGGAGAGGCGGCUUUUGAAAACCUGGACCUUUACAUCAAUAUGCCGGAUGGAACUCUUCCCUGCAAGACUUUUCACUUGUAGAUAUAUCAACUUUGAAAUUAUUCCAUUUUAUACCUGACCAAAACAUGUUCUGGUACACGUAGGACAGAGACCUGAUGUGUUUUGAUUCUUAAUGAGAUGGCCACAUGAGAAACAAUGUCUUAUUCUAUACUGUCAGUGCAAAUCAAGAACAUAGAGCACCUUACAGGAGUUAGAGAUGGCUUUUGAACCAAUUAUACAUUUGUUUCCUCCCACAGUGGAGCAGCUUUCAAAUAAAAUAUAACAUAUUGUGUAGCCCCUUUCCUCCAUUUUAAUAAUGGAACAAACGGAAUGACCAGGAACAGAGGAACAGUGUAACUACAUUGUAGCAAGAAGACUUGGGAAAGCAACAGAUACUGUCCCUGUCUGAAUUUUCAAGCUCCUCAUUGGAUUUUUACCAGACUGGCAACCAUUUUAUUCCCAACCUAGUCAUUGAAAUCUGUUUAGAUUUAGUUUUUCUCUGAGGGGCAUGAUCUCAUGAAGAAUACUUUUCAAGUCUUUGUCUCCGUAUGAUAUGCUGAACCUGGUAUUUAUCAUAACUGCUGCUUAUGAGCCCAAGUGUGGGAGUGUGCAUGUAGCUCACGCUAGCGUUGGGAGCAUGGCGGAAGGUGGGGAAGUGCCAGAUUGUUGCCUGAAACCUAUUUGAGAGAAAUCCUUGAUUUGUUGGUAGGAAAUUAUCUUCUGAACCAACAACUGAAUCAAGCAAACAUUUUCUGCUUUAAUCUCACAACACAGUUAAUAGAGUCAUUUACCUUCCACGUCAUGUGGCUUGGCAAAAUCGACUACACUGUCAAGCAGCUCUGUAUUUGCUAGAACAAGCCUGAUCGCUUACAACUUCCUAAAGCAAAGGCAAAAGUCUGCAGUGUCCCUCGAGCAGGGUCAGGCGCUCUACUUGUUACCUCACAGGUGUGAGCUGCUCACAAAGAGUCCAUGUUUUUAAGUUUCUCCAAGAUAUUAUACAUCCAAAGAAUUACUAGAAUAGCUUCAAAGUAAUCUUCAGAGGCAAAUGUGUGAUGUAAGAAUCAUACUCACUAAAACUGACAUAAACCUAAGGGACUUAGAGAUCUUGUAUUGAUUAUUUUUGUCGUUGUUGUUGUUGCUCUAUAUUUUGGCAGAAAAAAAGGUAAAUUUUAUCAAGAACUAUAAUAUAAGAUAAAUAGGGAUGCGUAUAAAUUUUCUGUCCCUUGAAUUUCUGUGACAACACAAGAUGCUCUCCCUCCUUCAUUUUGCUCAGACAUCAUCUGUUGAUGUCAGGAACAUCUGAGAAUGCUAUAAUUGGAUAUUCCACGAAACACUUUGUUUAUGAACUCUACUGUGGAUUUCCGAAAACUGAUUUCCUUGGUUGGUAGCUUUUCUUUUUAGCCCCGUCCUAGUUUAUAGCAGAUUUAAAUUGUGGGAAAAGGAUAAUUGGACAUGUUAUAAGUUGACCCUCUUAUGCCAGAAAUCAUUAUCAGAUCCUCAGAGUUCAGCCAGUGCUCCAGAAACUUGCCACUCAAACUUGUUCAGUAUUUAUAAAAGACAACUACGUAGAGAGCGAGUUCUAGCACAUUUCAAAGCUAUAAUAUCUUUUCCUACUUGAAAUUUUUAAACUGUAAAUGAGAAAGGUAGAUGUCUAUUACUUUAGAAAAGAAAGAUGAAGUUUUGGUUCUCAGAAACAGCAACAAAAAAAAAGUGAGCCUUCCUCAAACAGUACAAGCCUACUCCCAAGUCAAAGUCAAACGAGAAACCGGAGGUGCCAAAGACCAGCACAGCAAGCAGGGGACCCUCUAUUCACACACAUGCAGUAAAGGCGCCAUCUUGGUUCCCCAGGAAUGCCCAAAGGAGACAAGAGUCCCACCCUCACCCAGUGCUCUGUGUUGUCCACGUGAUCCUAGAGCAGAAGAGGGAAGGCCCAGGUGUGGGCAAGGCGUGGCUCACACAAAGAUCUUAAGACUGUCAUUUGACCGUCCCCACCCUCGUGAUAAGAACUGGAGCCUGUAACAAUGCUUUUUCUUCUUGGAAUACCAAAGGCAAUUAAAGUCAGGUACAAAUGACUUGCCAGUGUCAUGUUUUAUUUUGUUAAUAGAAUUUUUAAAAUAUUUUUUUUCCAAAAUCUACCAUUCUCCCAUAUUUUGCUUACUUUUUCAGUGUGUGUUUUCUACCAUCCUUCAUAUCCUUGGCAUUUGUAGACCUUAGUACUUCAGACUCCAUAUCAUUAUGUUUGUAAGCCCUGAGAAGAUCCCAGAAGUGCUCACUAACCGAUGUCUCUCGGAAGGGCUGGCACCUCACCUCAGCUGUGGGCACAGUUGUGCAGAACAGAUAAUACAUAAAAGCCGGCCGUUGAACACCUUCUAUCUCCAUAUUUAUUGUUCAUUUUAGAAUCACACCUUUUGGUUCAAACCUGAGUUUUAGAAAAUUAAUGAACCAAUAUGAAGCUCUUAAAACUAAGAAUGAGCCCUUCACCUAGAAGUCUCACUGCGGAAAAGCAAGUCCUGAGUGGAAGGCUCUUUCUUCCAGGCGUGCUGCACAUUCGUGCGCCUCGUCUUUCCGCUAGGGUAUGUAUGUGCAGAAAAGCCAGGCAUCGGAGGAAUGCAGUCUUUUUGCAGAAUAUUGACCCUGGUUCCCUAUGAUGUCAUGCAGGGCCCCAAGGCUCCCCUUGGCAGGUUUUAAACACUCUGAGGUGACAAGCCUCAGCUUCUCAUCUUCUUCACUCCUCGUCACCAAAGUCUUUGUGGACUCUGACCUUGUUGGUAAAGACCGAUGAUGCAGGCUCCCCUCACCGGCUUCUCUGAGUGCGUGCAUUCGCGAGAGAAUGAGUGAAUGAACAGGUACAGAGCACUGCAUACGUGCCAAGCUCCGACCUGGCACUGCUCACGCCUUACAGCAUGUCAUAGGAUCCCAGGGGCAUGUUCUGUAUGAGAGUGCUCCAUAGCAUUUUAAAUGUUUUCCAAAAUGAAUCGUGUUUCAAAAUUCUUAAUUUUAUAUUUCAUUUAAAUUAAAAAGGAAGAUAAAAGGUUUAUAAUAUAUUUUAAACACUGUUACUAUAUAAGACUAACAAUAAUAAUUGUAGUUAAUAACUAAAGCCUUUUGAAAAAUGUCAAAGAAAUAAUUGAUUUCUGCUGCAUCUUUGACUAAUUUACUUUAGAAAUAAAAACGAUCAUAUUUUGUUAUUACUUUAAUUACGUUAUUAAAAUCAAUAUUUUGUAGAUGUCUGUGUUACUUUAUAUUUAAAAACAAUUGUCCCUUAAUUCAUGGGUACACCUUGCAGUUGUAAAUUGUUUUUUCUCUAGUACACAUCCUAAUGAUGGUAGCAUCUGUAUUUCUCACAUAUAAAGAAAAUGUACUAAAAUUCGUCUAACUCCAUUACUAGAGCAUAAUAGAGGUAACUUCAGGUUCCUCCUUUUCUCUGAGCUCUUUAUCCUGGGCGUGGCUGGCUCCUGCCUCGUCUGCUCUUUGCAUCUCUGUAUAUAGAGUUACACAGGCCUGGAAUGUGGUCCUGCUCACUAACAGGCAGGUGUUCACUGUGUACCUGCACCGCCUGUCUGCAGAGUAUUACGUAAUCGGCGUCUGACCAGGAGCUGAUUUGAGUCACUCAGUCUGGUUCAGGGACACUGGGAAACAUGCACCAGUUCUUCAGCCCAUCCAGAUAUACCCCGAAACAAGUAUUCUUUUUGUUCUACCUACAGCCAGCAAGCUUUUCUGUAAACGGCCAGGUAGUGUUUUAAGGUCUGCAAGUCAUGUAGCUCUCUUAAUACUCCUUUCUGCUGUUACAGCUAUAAAUAAUAUGCAAAUGUACGAGUGGAGCUGUGAUGCAAUAAACCUUUACUAAAAGACAGACGGACGGAGGCCUGCAUUUGUCCCUUACCUCACAGCUGCUGGCCCCAGGCCCUAAUUCAAUUUAAGACCUCUAACCUUUAACCUGCAUCUUUCCUCUUUUUAUUUGCAUAAUUCACUUUAAAGCAGAAAUGUGUGUGUACACUCGUGUGUAUUCCUGUGUCUGUAUCACCUAAAGCUGUAUAUUUUGCUGUCUUGGAGGUGGAUAUAUUUUUCAGGGUCUCCAGGUUUUAGGAUAUGAUUGUCACGAAAGAGGCAAAACGGGAGGGUAGGCUUUUGGCACCUGUGUCCGUCUUGCUGUUCAGUGUCAUAAUUCCAGACUGCUCAUGAAAAAACAAUCUGUAUGGCAUCAGAAUACUGGUUUCUAACCUUACCUGCUGACUGACCUUGGGGUGUACGGAUGUAUGCGCUCUUCUCUUAGAGCUUUCAGAUGAGAACAGGGCAGAAUUCUGGAUUUUGGUGCUGCAGAAAACAAUCUUUUGGAAAACCGUGGGCAACACAAAAUGGGUUAUGUGCCCAAUUCAGCCCUUGGUACAGCCACUGCUAGUGUGUAGGGUGCUCACCGCUGUCACCCCUGGAGCAGCUUCAGUCUGAGUGGAGGUAUGUUUCCAGAGGCGGGCCCCCUUGCUUCAUCUCAUGAUGCCCCGCAAUGCUUUCCCAAGUAUGUCAGUGUGCAUCGCCUUGCCAUCAGAGCAUCCCUCAGCCUCAGCUUUAGACUUGCGCUGUUGGACAGCCAAUCGGCAGCCGCAGGCCUCACGAAAGGUAAAAGUACGAGGUGUCAUCUUACCAGCAUCGGUGUGAUGGCGGGCCAGUCCUGAGGGGCAGUAAACGUCCCAUGUUCAUCCAGUACUUUAGGAGAUAAAACCUGGAUUCGGAAUGGCAGUGGAGAGAGUUCGUCUCUGCCUUUGUCGUGGCAUUGAUGAACCGCCUUUCCAGGCACUGCCUAUCAGAGGUCAUUUCCGCUCUGUGUGCCCGUGAGCUCGGUACUCCAGAAACACUCAGAGCAUAGUGCAGAGUCACGGUAACUUGUAUGCCACAGAAUCCUGCAUAUUGCACACUAGAAAACCAUGGAAAGCAGAGCUCCUUAUUGACAGACACUUACAAGUUCAUUUUUGCUGGGUUAACUAAAUACAGUAUCCCUAAUUAUAAUUGUUGGUUUAGAAGUUGAAAUGCCGUUCUUUAUUCUCACUGGCCUCAAAUUCACUGAUAAUUUUCUCUAAACUAAUAAGUGGGUGAGUAUAACCUGUGUUGUUACCCACUGGCUGCUCCUAAACUGGUUUCCAGUCAUGUCCUCCAUAAUGUGAUUUUUUUAUAAAUUGAGAGUAAUAUUGUAUAUUGAAGAUCAAAUAAAGAUGUUCUUUAAGUGAAAA